CCCUGCACGGAGUGGCUCCCGACUACUCCGGACGGGUUCCUGCAGAACUCGCAGAUUUAAAGCUCCCAACCCGCCCCGGCCAGCGUGGCUGAGGUGGUUGAGCUUUGUCCUGUGCCCCAGACGGUGGCUGGUACGAUUCCCAGUCAGGGCACAUGCCUGGGUUAUGGCUCGGUCCUCAGGUGCGUGCAGGAGGCAGCCAAUUGAUGUUUGUUUUCUCUCUCUCCCUUUCUCUCUAAAAAGAAAAGGAGAAAAAAAAAAUGUAAAGAAUAGCCAGCCCCAGCUGCCAAACUCCUGUAAGGCAGCGGUUCUCAACCUGUGGGUCACGACCCCUUUGGCGGUCGAACGACCCUUUCACAGGGGUCGCCUAAGACCAUCCUGCAUAUCAGACAUUUACAUUACGAUUCAUAACAGUGGCAACAUUACAGUUAUGAAGUAGCAACAAAAAUAAUUUUAUGGUUGGGUCACAACAUGAGGAACUGUAUUUAAAGGACCAGAGGGUUGAGAACCACUGAGUAAGGCUUUCCCAGACGCGCAAGCUUGAUCACAGGAAUUUCCUGUCCCAGCCUUCAAAUGUUCAGUGACAGGACCACCAACUCUCCCUGUCCACGUGCACGCACCCUGCUCCAGCCUCAUGAUCCAGCACGGAGAAGGGCCCCACUGGCCCAGAACUCCUGCUGAGUCCGCACUUUCUGCUGUGUAACCGUGUUUACUCUGUAAAUUUCUGGGUGCGGACUUUCUCCCAGGCAGAUCUAUAAUUUCUCAGAAGCUGAGAAAUGACCUGGAAAAAGAUCCAAGCUCAAUAAAAGGGAGGGAGAUAAAGCUGUCCCCUCACCGCCACCCCACAGCUGGGAGGCAGGGGAGGGGCUGCCCCUGGGGAGGCAGGGGAGGGCUCCAGUCCCUGGGCCCAGUGAGGAUCUUCCAGACCCGACGGGAGGAUUCGGACAGCUCCCACCUGCCCCCUCCUCUCCCCACUGCCCACCCAGUUGGAUAUAGAAAUGUUCCAUUUGAAAGUCCCUUAAACCAAUAAGCCUUGCCCUCCCCAGACCCAGCUGUGCCUGCUCCAGACCCUUCCAAACACAGGCCCACCGCCCCAGGCAGAGCAGGCACAGCGGACAGGAGGGAGGGAGGGAGGGUCCCCCAUAGAGGAAGGGAUGGCUGGAGGGCCAGACUGUACCUGGUUUGAGCAGGAAGAGCAGAGACUGACAGGCGGGUAAGGGCGUGGUGGGGCUCCCCUAGGCUCCAGCAGCCUUGCCAGCCAUCACCUAAGUUCUGACCUCAGGCCAGGCCCUGGGCACACAUCCCAGCGGCCUAUUUACAGAAUGGAGUGGCUCUGUCCCCACAGGAGCCUGCAGGACAGCAUGGGGGCUCCCAGCAGGCAGAAGCUGGCCCUAGGCCAGGCCACCCUCCUGCCCCCCAUCUCUUCUUGGGAAAGUGGCGCCUGCCUGCGAAAAGCAAACACCAGGCGGCUGGGCUCUGCCAGGCAUUUGCCAGCAGAGAGGCUGGGGAGGGGCAGUGGCCAGACAUCAGCUGACCCUGAGGUCACAGGAGAAGCCAAGGCUGGGCUGGGCGACCCCACCCAAGUUAGGAAGGGGGUGGUCAGUGUGCCAGGGCAGAUGGGCAGGCCCAUUGGGAAAUGUGGUGGCUCCUGCUUAACCCUCACAUGGCCAUCAGCUAGGUGGGGAGACCCGGAGAGCUACCCAAGGAGGCCCAUCCAGGGCAGGGGAGUCGAGCAGAGGAGGCUCCUUUCCCGGAUUCCCCAAACCUAACCAAGCACCAGACCCUCACAGCCCCCUCCUAGGCGUACUCCCCCCCUCCCCUCCCCUCCGGCCUGCUGGCCCCACUCCGCAGGGCUGGGCUAGAAGCGGGGGAGGGACGGGACAGGCCCCUGCUGGCCCUCAGAGCUGCACCAUGGCCCACCUUGGACCCUGAGGGUGGCUUCAGGAUGCACGCAGGCCCCCAGUUUCACCACUGUGCCAGCUACUCCCAGGGCACCUGGCCACCCGACAGGAGGGGGUUAAUGGAGCCCAGAGCCAGCAGGGAUGAGCUGGCCUGUGACAGGCCUGGCCACGCUGGAGGUGGGGAAAUCCAGAAGGCAGGACAGCCAGCCCCAGCAGACCUGCUGUCUGCUGUGCAUGCGGGAUGGCCCUGAGGAAAGUUCCUCUCCCUGCAGGAGGCCUGGCCCUGGCAGUGCUGCUGGUCUCCUGGGCAGCGCUGGGCCCCCGUGGCCUGGAGGGAGUGGAGCCUGGAGUGCCAGGGGACACCGGGGGCCUGCAGUGCCCAGCCAUCUGCACCUGCGGCCACGAUGACUACACAGAUGAGCUCAGCGUCUUCUGCAGCUCCCGGAACCUCACACGGCUGCCCGACGGGAUCCCGGACAGCGCCAGGGCCCUGUGGCUGGACGGCAAUAACUUCUCCUCCAUCCCCGAGGCAGCCUUCCGCAACUUCUCCAGCCUGGGCUUCCUCAAUCUGCAGGGCAGUGGGCUGGCCAGCCUGGAGCCCAAAGUGCUGUUGGGCCUGCAGAACCUGUACCACCUGCACCUGGAGCGGAACCAGUUGCGCGGCCUUGGGGCUCACACCUUCCUGCACACGCCGGGUCUCGCCUCACUUGGCCUCAACAACAAUCUCCUCAGAAGGGUGGAUGAGGGCCUCUUCCAUGGCCUGGCCAACCUCUGGGACCUCAACCUUGGCUGGAACAGCCUGGCCGUGCUCCCCGACACCGCGUUCCAGGGCCUGGUCAAUCUGCGUGAGCUGGUCCUUGCAGGCAACAAGCUGACCUACCUGCAGCCCCCACUCUUCCACGGCCUCAGCGAGCUCCGCGAGCUGGACCUGAGCAGGAACGCUCUGCGAGCCAUCAAGGCCAACAUCUUUGUCAGGCUGCCCAAGCUCCAGAAGCUCUACCUAGACCACAACCACAUCGGCGCCCUGGCCCCGGGGGCGUUCCUGGGCCUGAAAGCUCUGCGCUGGCUGGACCUGUCACACAACCGUGUGGGCGGCCUCCUGGAAGACACCUUCCCGGGCCUGCUGGGCCUGCACGUCCUGCGCCUCUCCCACAACGCCAUCCCCAGCCUGCGGCCCCGCACCUUCAAGGACCUGCACUUCCUGGAGGAGCUGCGGCUGGGCCACAACCGCCUCAGGCAGCUGCCGGACAAGGCCUUCGAGGGUCUGGGCCAGCUGGAGGUGCUCACGCUCAAUGACAACCAGAUCCAGGAGGUCAGGGCGGGGGCCUUCCUCGGCCUCUCGAACGUGGCCGUCAUGAACCUCUCUGGCAACUGUCUGCGGAACCUUCCAGUGCGAGUGUUCCAGGGCCUGGGCAGGCUGCACAGCCUGCACCUGGAGGGCAGCUGCCUGGGCCGCAUCCGCCAGCACACCUUCGCUGGCCUCUCCGGGCUGCGUCGGCUCUUUCUCAAGGACAACGGCAUCACGGCCAUUGAGGAACAGAGCCUGUGGGGGCUCCCUGAGCUCCUGGAGCUGGACCUCACCUCAAACCAGCUAACGCAGCUGCCCAGUCAGCUCUUCCAGGGUCUUGGCAAGCUGGAGUACUUGCUCCUGUCCCGCAACCGGCUGUCGGCACUGUCAGCAGAAGUCCUGGGGCCCCUGCACUGCACCUUCUGGCUGGACAUCUCGCACAACCACCUGGAGGCCCUGCCUGCGAGCAUCCUUUCGCCGCUGGUGCGGCUGCGCUACCUCAGCCUCAGGAACAACUCGUUGCAGACCUUUGUGCCACAGCCUGCGGGCCUGGAGCGCCUGUGGCUGGAGGGCAAUCCCUGGCACUGUGGCUGCCCCCUCCGGGCCCUGAGGGCCUUCGCCCUGCAGCAUCCCACUGUCGUGCCCCGCUUUGUCCAGGCCGUUUCCGAAGGGGAAGACGGCCAGCGACCUGUGUAUACCUACAACAACAUCACCUGCGCCAGUCCCCCCAGCAUCUCGGGGCUCGACCUGCGUGAUGUUGGCGAGGACCACUUUAGUCAUUGCUGAUCCAACGCUAAUCCAGGCCAGAUACUGCCCUGGAGUCAGGACAAGCCCUUGCCAUCCCCGGAGCCUGGUGGGCACCCUGCCCCGCAGCUCCUGGAGGCCAGGCCCACACUGCUUACUUGUUGGGGGUUCUUCUCAGGGAACACACGGUCCUGGGGUUUGCUGGCCUGGCACCUGAGGGCCAGAUCAGGAGGAUCGGGGGCACAGCUGUCACCCAUUAAAAGCAAUGGAAUAAACACGCCUGUGCCCACAGGGGUGAAACUUGGCGGAGGGAGGAAAGCAUCCGUUGGGGCACCUGUGGAACGCUCCUGCUGCCAGCUCAGCCCACCCCGGGGCUGCCUCGGUCCCUCUGCCCUUCCACUCCCCUCCGAGCUUGGACUCUUUGUGCUCUCCCACCCCGGCCCCCGGACGCCCACCUCCACCUGAGGAGGGAAGGGCACUUACUCGGGUCCUUGUUAGGUCGCGUUCUCUCGGAGGCGGCCCAGCCCGGGAGCGGAAGCACAGCAGAGGCAGCCUCAGCCCCAGGAGGCCCAGCAGCUGCUGUCAGACGGGGCCGAGCAGGUGCCAAUCCUCUCUCCCAGCCAAACCCCUUAACGGCGCUUCCUUCCCCCUCCCCCCACCCCCCACCCCUUCCCCUUGGCACAGCCCCCUUCCCCAGUACCCCAACAUCCAUGGAAAUGGCACCAAAGGUUGCCCUGCGGGACACCCCCACCUCAGAGCUGCUCCAUCUCCUCUGACAGCCCAGCCCUUCUUCCCUUGGAAAGAGCACCCCGCCCUUCUGCUUUGCAGAAUGGACUGCCCUCCUGCCUUCCUGGGACUGACUGCAUUUCACACUCCUCUGCUCUUAGCUCUGCCCUAGGUCCCUGCAGGGUGGAGGCCGGCUGCGGGCCCCCAUGCACACGUUUCUCUGACAUAUCCAAUUCCUCUGCAAACACACCCUCACCCUAAUCCUCAGGGGCCUGUUGAUAACCAGCCUGCUGGUCCAGCCCGGGUCUUAGGGUGAAUGCUGUCUGCUAUGGCACACAACCAGUCAUACCCCGAGGUUGGACAAAGGCGGAAUGACCUAGAAUGUCAGACUUAUAACCAUGGUGGCAGGACACAUUUAAUUGUGGGCUCUGAAGUUAAUACCUUACAGGGUGCUCCCGUCCUCAAUCACAAUCACUCACAGCCCCACCAGCAACCAGGCACUUGAGGACGACAAAGUCCCCAGCCAACUUCCAGACCCACAAGCUUUGUGGACAAUGUGGAGGUAUCAGGAGGGGCCUGUCCGUCUGGGGCAUGCGAGUACCACGGCAUGAAGAGCGAACGCGCAGGCACCGGAGCUCAGGCCAUGGCACUAAACCCCUCGCUAUCCCCAGGGCCUGCAACAGGCCAAGCCAGCAGACCACUCGCUGUCAGUGGCUCUGGUGCCCAGCUGCUGCUGAAGC